AUGUCAGCCGUCGACAGCCAGCCAUGCUCCCGGUGCAACGGCCACGGCCACCGUGCAGCCCAGUGUAAGAUGCCGUUCUACCGCACCUGCGAGUACUGCAAGGUGGUCGGGCACGCGGUAAAGGCCUGCCCCAAGUUGCAGCGCAAGGAGGUGGAGAAAGCUAGCCGAGAGAAACAGAGGGCCGAGAGGAAGCAGACCAAGACCAGCGACACCGGAAGUGAAUCCGGAGCCAGUACCACAGCUUCCUCUUGGGAUUCUUGGACCUCUGAGCAAGGUUGGUGGAAGCAGUGGAAGCCACGCGGCUCCAAGAAGAAGGGCCACUCAAACUGGACCUGGUGGGAGGAGUGGCAGACAAAGGAGUGGGUGCUGAGUGUCGACGAGGAGCGGGAGGCCCGCAAGCUGGAGAAAAAGCUGAAGGAGAUCGCAGUCCUGGAGCAGCGGGUGGGUGAAGGCAAACAGCUGGAUACACUUCAGCUCCAGAAAGUGGACAGGAAGAGUGACAUUGAGGGCCACGAGAUCCUGCGCAAGGUGCGCUGUGGAUACCGCCGUGUCACUCUCCCGGCUGUCGCCGAGUAG